UUUUCUGAAUUAACUGCAGCUUUCUUGUCAAUAUGCCAGCUGUAAUGACAGCCGGGUUAAUGCAGUAAUUUACCUGAUUAAAACCUUUCCCCCAGUAUUCAGCCUACCGGGUCCGUGUGGGGAGCAUGUAAACAUCCUUACAGAUAUUGUUGUUCGUUUAGGUUUUGAUUUACAUGAUAGAUACAAGGGCACGUACGGCCUACUAGUUUUGUUUUUAUUUACACAGUAACCCGUAUCAUCCAGUGUAACAGGGCAGAGAGGACAGAGGUACUGAACGAUUCAGAGGAAACCCCUUAAAUAAAAAAGUCGACGGCCGGCUGCCUCACAGCAUAGCUUGGAUAUUUUAAGCAUUGACGGAUCACUGGAAACAGAAAGCACCAUGAAAAUGGACAUGGAGGGUACCGACAUGACAAAGUGGACUGAGGCAGAAUUUGAAGAGAAGUGCACAUAUAUUGUCAAUGACUAUACCUGGGACCCCAGCACAGAUGGUGGAAACUGUGUUAAAGCUAAAGCCUCACUUCCAAGAAACUUGAUGUUCAAGCACGCACCAAACUCCAAAGAGGUUAUUGGCAUCUUAAGUAGGGAAUACAUCCCAAAGGGAACUCGCUUCGGAUCGCUGGUAGGAGAGGCAUACACAGUUGACACAGUUCCCAAGAAUGCAAACAGAAAGUACUUCUGGCGGAUCUAUUCCAAUGGGGAGUUCCACCACUUCAUUGACGGCUUCAACGAGGAGAAGAGUAACUGGAUGCGUUACGUGAACCCUGCGCACUCACAGCAAGAGCAGAACCUUGCUGCCUGUCAGAACGGAAUGAACAUUUACUUCUACACAGUCAAGCCCAUCCCAGCCAAUCAGGAGCUGCUGGUGUGGUACUGCCCAGAAUUCGCUGAACGGCUACACUACCCUCCGUCUGGGGAACUCAUGAUGAUGAAACUCAAGCAAAGCCUUAUGGACGCAAAGCAGCAUGUGACAGAGACAGACGGAUUCAGUCAGAAAGGCACAGGAAAGAAAGAGCACAGUGUGAGGGAGAUCCUCCGAAUGACCAGCAAGGAGGCCAGUGAACCCCAAAUGAUUCCCACAAAGAGUUUGGAAGACUCCCCCAAGAAGCCCAGUUCGGAGCGACUCUUCUUUCCCCGGGUGGUGUACCCAUUCCGUCCCCACAUCAACGAAGAGUACUUGAACACCAAUGCUGUUUAUGGCUUGGACCACCCCAACUACAUGACCCACUCCCCCAUCCAGUCUUCAGCCACCCCCAGCCCCUCGGCCCGCAGCAGCUCAGACAACAGCCCUCGCAGCAGUCCAGGAAGAAUUCAUUCCCCUCCCAACCCUUCAUCUCAGGAAUACGAAGAGGGCUUCCCUUACAUGAACAGACUCUACAGCAGAGACAGCUACCAUGGCUACACGCCUCCCAGCCACCUAUCCCCAGCUUUCUUGCCUUCCUACAACCCCCAUCAUUAUUCCAGAUUCCUGAUACCUCACUACCCGGUCAGCUGCAACAGCCUAAAUGGACUGGGUGCCGAUCCAGUUGGUGGCACUGGCGCUGGUGUGAACGGAUUGAACAGUUUCAGCCUAUUUCCAAGAAUGUACACCUAUAACAACCUGCUGACAGGUGGCCAUCUCUCACAGCACAUGUUGAACCACUCGGCCCUGCCUGGUAUGAUCCCUCCCGAGGGCAGCCGCCGGCUCCUGCUCUCCUCUGAGCCUCACAGGGAUCUCCUCAUCCCGGCGCCCAAUAGUGCCUUUUCCGCCACUGGCCUCAAGGAGAAGCCAUCCAGCCCAAGCAGCAGCAGCAGCUCGCCCAAUGCAGGCAAGGCUGCCACCUCCUUGGAACACUGCAUGCCCACCAAAUCUACCUCGGCCGUGCUGGGCAUAAGCAGGAGCGAAGAAGCCAUGAACCUGAGCAAGACGAAGCGCAACAUGACCGGCUACAAGACCCUGUCCUACCCCUUAAAGAAACAGAAUGGCAAGAUCAAGUAUGAGUGCAAUGUUUGCAGCAAAUCCUUUGGGCAGCUGUCAAACCUAAAAGUCCACCUUCGAGUACACAGUGGAGAAAGGCCCUUUAAGUGCCAGACCUGCAACAAAGGAUUCACACAGUUAGCACAUCUACAGAAGCACUACCUGGUCCACACCGGAGAGAAACCACAUGAAUGUCAGGUUUGUCACAAGCGUUUCAGCAGCACCAGCAACUUAAAGACACACCUGCGGCUCCACUCUGGGGAGAAGCCUUACCAGUGCAAGCUGUGUCCGGCAAAGUUCACCCAGUUCGUCCAUCUGAAGCUGCACAAGCGCCUGCACACCCGUGAGCACCCCCACAAGUGCCUGCACUGCCACAAGACCUACAUCCACCUAUGCAGCCUCAAGGCCCACCUGAAGGGCAACUGUCUGGCCGCUCCCGGCUCUGGCGUGCGAUCCCUGGAGGAGCUGAAUCGUGUCAACGAGGAGAUCGACAAGUUCGACCUCAGUGACAACGCAGACCAGCUGGAGGAAGUGGACAGCAUGGACAUGGAGAGUGUGGUCGAGAAGCAGAUCCUUAACUUGCUCUGGAGGGAGAUGGACCUCAAGGCCUCCUUCCACAAGAGCAUCGGGAAUGGACUCUCUUCCAGCAGUGGCCUUUAUGAACCCAACAACGAGAUGUCAGUCAUAAAGUUGCCUCACAGUAGCCCACAGCCUCUUUCACCUGUAAAGGUCAAACAAGAAACGAUAGAACCCAUGGACCAUUGAGACUGACUGAAGACAAAAUGAAAAUAUGAAAGAUAUUUAUGACUUUUCUGAGAGCUAAGGUGUCUGUAGCAGUUGUAUAUAAUGUUCUCCAUUGCUGCAUAGCAGACUUGGCUUACUCUGUCAGGGGACUUCUAUUCUCAGGACUUUGGCACAAACUGUUUUACAGUCUCUUUUUCACUUAUGUUAAAGACAAUCCUGUACCCAUGAUUUAUUUAAUUUUUUUGUCCGAUUUAUAUAUAAAUAUAUAGCUUCCUUAAUUUAUUAUGCAAUUUAUUAUAGUUAAAGCAAUAAUUGGAAAUAAUGUUUACAAUGAUUGGAUGAUUCAUUGUAACAAAUAUAUUAUAUGUUUUAUUUUUUAUUUUCUUAGUGGCCAUUCUUUGUAGAUUUUUGCUCUUUGUCACGUUAUGAAGAAUCUAAGACUAUUAAAUAUAGAAGUGACAGACAGAACAUUUAUUCAGGGUUUUGCAAAACAAAAAAAAAUAAGAAAGAAAAAUAAAGAUUUUGUAUUGCCAAAGGUGGACAUUUGAAAUGUUGAACCAUGGGAUAAUUUAUGUAAACAUUAUUGUGUAGUGUUCUGUUUUACAUUUUCCUUGUGAAACUUUCCUUUUCCUCAGUAUUUGUGUAGAAUUGUGGUUAAUUUAAUUGAAAGCAAAAGGGCAUUUUGUAAAGUUUCAACAACAGUUACCUCAUUGCGUGUGUCCAGAGGUGAUGUGGAGGGGCUGUAAUAUGUAUUGCUUUGCUGCUUGAAGAAAACCAAAUAGUCAGAAUUCCCACUUUCAGCUUGGCCGAAAGAAUGGGAGCAAUCCUUUUAGAUGUAGCAAGUCGGCUGCAAAGCUUGGAAACUAUUAUUUAUCAUUUAGAAUCAAUGUGCUCUUUGAUUCCUUGAAACUAAAGCAGUAUCAAAAUGAGAAAUGUUUGAACUUGGGUUUUAUUAGGAUUCAAAGCUAACUAAAGUUUUCUUUCACAAACCAAAAAAGAAGGUGGCAAUACUAUUCUAUGUAUGAAGUGUGAGUGAGGUUCUUGGUUGUAACCUCUAAUGUAGCAUUGCCAUCUUUUUGUUUUUAAUUUAAAUUCCCUGUUGCUUUCAUGUAUAGUGCAGACCAAAACAUCACUACUCUAUUACAGGACACACUACAUGUCUGUAGUGUUUUUAAAAUUUGAUAUUAAUUCACAAAGACUUUAAUGCAAUAACUUUAAGGCAAACUGUCGCUCCCCGUAGACUACAUUUAUGAGCACCACUGAAUGCAGCAGUGCAGCAGUUAAAAACUUUUCUUAAUCUAUGACCAAAGGUUCCCUGGCUUGUGCUUAAUCAAUUGAGGAAAAACAGACUGUUUAUUUUGUUUACAUACCGGUUUACAUUGUUAUUUAUGUGCAACUUGUCAAAAAAUGUAAAUUAUGAUAUAAAUAUUGAUUGCCCUAUCAA